AUGUGAGACAGGAUGGGCAGCCAGGGCAGCCCCGUGAAAAGCUACGACUACCUGCUGAAGUUCCUCCUGGUGGGAGACAGCGACGUGGGCAAAGGCGAGAUCCUGGACAGCCUGCAGGAUGGAUCUGCAGAGUCCCCUUACGCUUACAGUAGUGGUAUUGACUACAAAACCACCACUAUUCUUUUGGACGGCAGGAGAGUAAAGCUGGAGCUGUGGGACACCUCAGGACAGGGGAGGUUCUGCACCAUCUUUCGCUCGUACUCCCGUGGGGCUCAGGGGAUCCUGCUGGUGUACGAUAUCACAAACAGGUGGUCCUUUGACGGCAUCGACAGGUGGAUCAGGGAGAUCGAUGAGCAUGCCCCGGGCGUGCCUCGGAUCCUCGUAGGUAACCGUCUGCAUCUGGCAUUCAAGCGGCAAGUUCCCACUGAGCAGGCGAGGGCGUACGCCGAGAAGAACGGCAUGACCUUCUUUGAAGUGAGCCCCCUGUGUAACUUCAACGUCAUCGAGUCCUUCACGGAGCUGUCGCGCAUCGUCCUCAUGAGGCACGGCAUGGAGAAGUUCUGGAGGCCCAACAGAGUCUUCAGCCUGCAGGACCUCUGCUGCAGAGCCAUUGUGUCGUGCACGCCGGUCCACCUCAUCGAUAAGCUCCCGCUGCCUGUCGCAAUCAAGUCCCAUCUCAAGUCCUUCUCCAUGGCCAACGGCAUGAACGCCGUCAUGAUGCACGGGCGCUCCUACUCGCUGGCCAACCCGGCCGGCGGGUCCAAGGGCAACAGCCUGAAGCGCUCCAAGUCUAUCCGUCCGCCACAGAGCCCACCACAGAACUGCACCCGCAGCAACUGUAAGAUCUCCUAACAUGUGCUGCACCCCAGAUUACGGUUUGGAGACGGCGUGGGAUCAGGAGACAGAUGUGCAGGCAGGGUGGUGUUAGCUGGAGGAAAUCCCUGAACCCGAAGAGCAGGAAUGAUGGAUAAAGGGAUGAGUGAGCGGCUACCGCCCCACUACAUGAGGUCAUGUUUAAAGUGUUUAAUGUUCUUUCCAGGUGAAAUGGGGGAGGGGGGUUCGAUUGGUGCCUCAGGAAAUUUAGAGAGUGACUAUGAACUUUUUGACCUUAUUUACACUAAAACAGGAGAGAAAAGACUCCAGAAACUCUCCUCCCUGCUGGAGCUUCAACUACAUGAACAGAAAGCCCUCACCAGUGCAGAUUUAGUUACUCUACAUGAUGCACGCCGCUCUGUGUCUGUGCAUCACCUCAGCCUCUAUCCUUCUCUCUCACAUCUUUCCUUGUUUAUAACCCUUCCUGUUUUCUGGCCACACCGCCAUUAUUAUUUUAUUUUAUGCCCAAUAAGCUAACGAUCAAAACACUAGAAAUGAUCAAUCGCUCCUUUAUCAGUACUGUUGUUUUAUGGUGAUUUUAUAUCAUAAAUCCACAGAGGUGUAGAAGUUCCCACCCCCAAAAAACCUGAAGGACGCGGCCUGAGCCGAGUCCAGACUUGUUAGUGUGCCUUGAGCCCAAGUGAACAAGCAUGCAGCAGAUAGCUCGCUAAAAGCACCACAGUAACCAUGAAGAUCCACAGAGUUUAUUAUUUACAGCUUUCAGUCCCUUCAUCCUUUAAUGAACUUAAAAUGCAGCCAAAUGCAGACCAGACACGAAUAAGGGAUCAUAUUGAGGAAACCCCCUUAUUUUAAGCAGGCUUUUUAUAAUUUUUUUUAAGGAAAAUGUGGUUGUUAUUUAAUAUUUCAUGUUAGCAGUCAGCAAAUCAAAUGUACAAAUCCAAAGUAAGAGUUUUUCAGAGAAGGUGGAAAUUUGCUGGGGACUAUUUUCAGUGGAGGAUUGAUCCACAUUUGGUGUUGUAGUGAGGAGUUUGGUUGUGUGUCAGUGGUGCUUCUUUUCUUCCUCCUCCUCCUCUCUUUGGGACUCUUCGUCAUGCUUUUCACAACUCACCUAUCAUAUCACACCUUUCCAGCAUCACCACCUGCUUUUCUCAGAUCAUGCCACUGAUCUGGACUCCACCCAAACUCCAUGCUCAUGUUAGUAACAGAUCAUUGAGGGACGCUGAGUUUGUCCUUUAAUCCGUGUGUUGGUCAACAGAAAACAUCAGCGUACAGCAGCUGUAGCAUAUUUAAUGAAGCCGUGCAGAAGUUUGCUUUCAUACUUUGAAUAUUUUCAGUUAGCUGAUCUUGAAGCACAUAAGGGUGGGUUAAGAACAUUAAACUGCUGCAGUUUAUUGAAGCUGUGAUAUAUCCGAGUUUGUUACAGGAAGAAAUUGUGACACUUGGAGUGGGUGUAAGGCUGAUUUGGUUGCAGUUUUUGACAGAGCUUAAAUGUGUUUUUCAGCCUUGCAACGAGUGUCAGUUAAUCACUGAUUAAUAAAACCUCCAUCAGCCUGAACUCCGCUGGCUUUGCUGGAAUUGUGAGCCUUCCAGCAGUCAGUGAGUUUCUGUCAUGUCUGUCUGCCACCGUGAAGCUGAAGCUGUUGUCAAACUGCUGUUCCUGUGCAGCGACAUCAUUCUGGUUGCUAAUUGGUGAUUUUGGUGGCCGGGGGCGGGAUAACUGCCAUCUAUGGCGUUUCUGCUUUCUCCCAUUCAGGCUUCUGUUAGUGCCGCGCCCGAGCACAUCUCCGAAGAAUGAAAAACUUUUGGGUGGAGUUUAACCCCCCCGAGUCCCAAAUUUUAACCCACUGAACUUCUGCUGUAAGUCGGGGGCAACCCCCCCCCCCCCCCCCCCCCCCCCC